UGCUUCCUGCAGGAAAGACGGCAAUUUUGAUCUUUUAGAAGCAAGUCAUGGUCUGACUGGAAGAUUAAAACAGAGCCAGCCAAACUGCAGUAGUAACACCAACUCAUUCUGCAAGAGCAUCCUUCAAGAGGGAUUAUGGCUCAUGGACUGCAGAUAAGAGAUGAGGAAAGCGGCUACAACAAAAAUCUGUUUUGCAUUCCUAAGCAUUAUGAAGAAGAUUUAGAAAGGGUCUUCAUUCCUCAUGGACUCAUCCUGGACAGGACAGAACGUUUGGCUAGAGAUAUCAUGCAAGACAUGGGAAGUCAUCACAUUGUUGCACUCUGUGUCCUUAAAGGAGGCUAUAAAUUCUUUGCUGAUUUGCUGGACCAUAUAAAAGCACUAAAUCAAAAUGGUGAUAAAUCGGUGCCUGUUACCGUGGAUUUUGUCAGAAUAAAAAGCUACUGUAAUGAUUCACCCGCAGAAAAAAUCAGUUUUGUGGGAGAGGAACUGUCUACACUAAAUGGGAAGAAUGUGUUAGUAGUAGAGGACAUUAUUGAGACUGGUAGAACAAUGAAAGCACUGCUUUCAAAAAUAAAAGACAAGAAACCAAGGAUGGUAAAAGUUGUAAGCCUGCUUGUUAAAAGGACGUGUCAGAGUCCAGGUUACAGACCAGACUAUACAGGCUUUGAAAUUCCAGAUAAAUUUGUGGUUGGAUAUGCUCUUGACUAUAAUGAAUACUUCAGAGAUUUAAAUCACAUCUGUAUUCUGAAAGAGAAUGCCAAAGAGAAAUACAGGAUGUGAUAACAUCUCUCUUCUGGAGCACUAAUUCCUGGCUGAAGAUUAGGUGAUAAAUAUUACACCAGGAAAUUCCUUUUGCUACUUGUGUGUCCCUACGAAGAACGAGAAGCUAAAUGUUAGCGCCCGGGAGCUGCAGCUGGCUGAUUCCCAAUUGUACUAUGCGCUGAACACGAACUGUUGAGACCCUGGGUUCCUCCCGCUGUGGAGGAGCAGCCCGGAGCUGGGGCCGAGGCUCUGGCGGCACCGAGCGCUGCUGCCGGGCCCGUCACGCUCCGGGCCCGGGAGCCAAUUCACCGCGCUGUGCCCGGGGAGCGAGGGGCAGCGGGGCUGCAACAGGCGGGGACCGAGCGGGGACGCAGGCGGAUCGAGGCGGAACGAGGCGGCACUGAGGCCCGCCCAGCGCCACCGCCCCGGCCCCCAGGCCCCAGCGGCCCGGCCCGGCCCGGCCCCGUGCUCGGUGCCGCGGUUGCCGGGUGACCGCGCCCGGGCCCGCAGCGUCUGUGACGGCGCAGCGGCCUCAGCGCCCGGAGCUCGGCCCCGACUGCUCGUUCGCAGCUUCGGCGUCUGUAGGCGGCGGCACUCGGCCACUCGCCACAGGAAUUGUUCGCAACGGUGGCUUUUGCGAGCGAGCUCUGUGAAUUCACGGAGAGUUGGUCUCUGUGAGCAACUGCUGAACUCGCAAAGCAUUGGUCUUUACCAGGGACUCCUAAACUCGCAGAACAUUGGUUUCUGCCAGGGAGUCCUGAAUUUCGUUUGAAGGUAAAGACUGACUCAAGUUGUGCUUUCUGGGUUUGUCACAUCUGUGCUCUGAAAGAGAAUGCCAAAGGGAAAUAAAUACAGGAUGGGAUAA